AUGUUUCUGCCAGGACUGCUGGUUCUGAGCCUUGCUGCAGUUGCAUUCUCCCAGUCAACAGAGAAAGAGGCCAGGGAGUUUCUGGCAACAUUUAGUGAAGAUGCUGAGCAAAUGGUCUACAAAUCUUCAAAGGCAUCAUGGAACUAUAAUGUAGAUAUUACUGACGAAAAUGCAGAAAAGAUGAAUGUGGCAAGUGCUGAGUGGUCCCGGUUUUACCAACAAGCCUCUCAUAAUGCCAGCAAAUUUGAUAUCGCUAUGAUACAGGACGCAGUAAUCAAACAACAACUGGAGAUUCUUCGAUUCGAAGGAACUGGCGUUUUAUCCACAAGCGAGUAUAACCGCCUAAAUGAGAUUCAGAAUGAAAUGAGCACAAUCUACAGCACAGGAACCGUCUGCUAUCCAGAUCAACCCUCUAAAUGUGUCGGAUUGGAGCCAGAGUUGACCAUCCUGAUGGCUGAAAGCAAGGAUUAUACGGAGAGGUUGUGGGCCUGGGAAGGCUGGCGGGUUAACGUGGGGAAGAAACUCAGACCACUCUAUGAGGAGUACACCAUUUUAAAGAACAAAGUUGCCAAAUUGAAUGGUUAUGAUGACUAUGGUGACUACUGGCGAUCUAACUAUGAGACCAAUGGUGAAGGAAAAUUUGCAUACCAUCGGAACGAUCUGGUGACGGAUGUGGAACGUCUGCUCCAAGAGAUAAUGCCUCUGUACAAGGAACUGCAUGCAUACGUAAGGGCAAAGCUCCAAGAUACCUUUGGGCCACAAGAUAUCAGUUCAAAAGGAUGUCUCCCUGCUCAUUUAUUGGGUGACAUGUGGGGAAGAUUUUGGGGAAACCUAUAUAAUUUCUCAGUUCCAUUUCCAAAACAGAAUGAUAUAGAUGUAACAUCUGCAAUGAAAGAACAGGCAUGGAAACCAAAAAAAAUGUUUCAGGUGGCUGAUAACUUCUUCCAAUCUUUGGGCCUUAAACCAAUGAAUGAUUACUUCUGGAAUUACUCCAUGAUCGAGAAACCUACUGAUGGCCGCAAAGUUGUCUGUCAUCCAACAGCCUGGGACAUGGGCAAUGGACUCGACUUCAGGAUUAAAAUGUGCACUAAAGUGAACAUGGAAGACUUCCUGACUGUCCACCAUGAAAUGGGACAUAUUCAAUAUGACAUGGAGUAUGCAAACCAAACAUACUUAUUCCGAGAUGGAGCCAAUGAAGGUUUUCACGAGGGUGUUGGGGAGAUCAUGUCACUCUCAGCAGCCACCCCUAAGCAUCUAAAGGCUAUAGGUCUUCUAAAGGACACUUUUAUUGAAAAUAAUGAAAUUGACAUCAAUUUUCUCCUGAAGCAAGCCCUGACCAUUGUUGGCACGUUGCCUUUCACUUUCAUGAUGGAACAGUGGAGGUGGAAAUUGUUCAAGGGCGAAAUACCCAAAGAUCAGUGGAUGAAAAAGUUUUGGGAAAUGAAACGAGAGAUUGUUGGUGUUGUUGAGCCUCUCCCCCAUGAUGAAACCUACUGUGAUCCAGCAGCCUUGUUCCAUAUCGCCAAUGACUACUCCUUCAUAAGGUACUUCACCAGGACCAUCUACCAGUUCCAGUUCCACAAAGCACUGUGCAAAAUUGCUAACCAAACCGAUGAACUGUAUAAGUGUGAUAUCACCAAUUCCACAAAAGCAGGCACAGCACUCAGUAACAUGCUCAAACUAGGCAAGUCUAAACCAUGGACAGAAGCUCUUUUGGAAAUAACUGGAGAGACCAGAAUGAACUCUACAGCUCUGCUGGAAUAUUUCAGCCCCUUAUACACCUGGCUGAAGGAAGAUAAUAUGAAGAAUGGAAGAGAGGUUGGUUGGGACACCCAAUGGAGCCCAUAUAUAAAAGAUUCCAUUAAAGUGCGGAUCAGUCUGGUGGCAGCCCUUGGAGAAAAUGCCUACACAUGGGACGCAAGUGAAAAAUAUUUUUUCCAAUCAACUGUGGCAUUUUCAAUGAGAAAAUACUGGGAAGAAUUUAAAGCGCAGCAAGUCAACUUUGUGGCAGAAAAUGUUCAGAUAUUUGAAGAAACAAAAAGGAUCUCAUUUUAUUUCCUUGUUCGGAACCCAGUGAACAUCACAGAAAUGAUUCCAAAGACUGAGGUGGAGCAAGCUAUCAGGAGUAACAGAAAUCGAUUCAACAAAGCUUUCUUAUUAAGUGAUGACACACUAGAGUUUGUUGGUAUUCCACCCACUUACCCUCCACAGACUGAGGCCCCUGUGACUGUCUGGCUGAUCGUGUUUGGAGUUAUCAUCAGCCUGGUUUGCAUUGGACUCAUUGCCUUGAUCAUUAGUGGAUACAGAGCUCGAAAACAGUGA